AUGGUCAAUGGUUUCCUACUGCUCCUGGACCAUGUGCUCAUGUCACCUGAUGACUUCCGCUCGGAACAGAGGGAGGUCAGCAAAGCGGCAUUUGAUCUUCAGUACUUCAAGAUACAGCAUAACAACCUUUCCAACAGAGAAAUUCAGAUCACCAUGAAAGCGCCUGAGCAGCGAACGAUGGAAGAGCUUGAAUUGCUCUUAGUUGUGCUGAGAUCUUUGCUAAGCUUCAGACACUACAGCAAGCCCUACCAGCUUCUGCUGGCAAAAAUAAUGAGAUAUGAACGGUUCAGGAGGAGGAGGGUGAUUACAAGGAAAGGCGAUCCUGCAAACAGUUUCUACUUCAUCUACUCUGGCGGUGUGAGCUUCACAACGGACCAGGAUGGGAGCAGCGCGUUUAAGGAGGAACAGCCAGCUGAUCUACGCAAGGGGGCCAGUUUCGGAGAGAUACCUGCACUGAAGCGCCUGCAAAGGAACUUCACUGUGGUCUGUGUGGAGGACACUGAGCUGUUGGUUGUGGACCGGGAGGACUUCUUUGCAAACAAACUGGACCAGGUGUUGGCGGAGGAGGCUCAUCGUCGCUUUAUUUUCUUCAGGUCGCUUAACCUUCUGCAGUCACUGCCUGACAGUUCCAUUGAGGUCUUGUCCGACCAUUCAACAACUGAAGAGUUCCUCUAUGGCCAGGUUAUCCCACACAAUAUAGACAACCUUAUUUUUGUGAUCAAGGGCCGCUUUGUGAUACUGCGACUGGUGGAUCUGUCUCGGUGUCCUUUCUACCACAGAUACAUUGGCCGGGAGCUGCCUUUCAUCAAAAGCAUCCACAAAGGCAUAGAGUCCAUUGGUGAGAACUGGGAAAUCGCUGAACGCACGGGGAGCUGCUCUGGGAAUGACCCUGGCUGCGCCAUCAGUGUACGUUCCGUAGACAUUCCCUUGACUUCGAGGAAGCUGGCAGAGCGGCUUUCCACCACCCGCCUUUCACAGCUCCCCAAAGCCCUGGCAGUCGCUGUCCACAUGCAAAUCGAUUCAAUUCUACCAGGAGAUGUCUUUGGCUUGCAUCAAUACUUCAGGCCCAACAACCUUAAGGACAAGCGGGCCUUCAAUAUCAAGAGUGUGGGCACCAAGGUUGUGAGGAUUGACAUGGAGACCUUUGCCAACAUAGCCGACCACAAAACCCUGCAGAAGGUCAGGAAUCUGCAGUCUGUUUACCCCAGCGAUAACGAGCUCUGUGAGCUCUUCAUCAGGAAUAACUUCUGGAAAACCUUUAAGAAGGAGAUGAUUGCCAAGAUCACCAGCAGUUCUCGCCGACGUUCGGCCGUUGGGAAAGCUGUGUUGUCGGGACAAGGGGAGGCCAUGUACGAGAUUGACAAAACUGGCCUUCUGAACCUUCCUGAGAUUGCCAGCAAUCCAUAUUCUGUUUUCUCAAAACCUUCAUUUUACGUAACUCCUGCUCAAAGGGUGAAGGAAGGCGAGGACCUCAAAUUACCAGAGAUAGAUCUCCAGUUAAUACACGGUGUGGAAAAGAUUCCAUCUAAUUUAAAGCACGCAUUGUUCUGAGCAGGCCACUGGUGUUCUGGUUCACUCUUUCACUUCCUUGCUUUAGUUUGUUGUCUUGUUUUAUUUUUUUCUCUCCCCCAACAGUGUUCAUUGUAGGACCCUGUACAGAGAUUUUGCCCCACGUUCUUUGUUCUUUCGUACAUUUGCACCCUAUUUUGCUUAAACCUUGUUACAAUACCAUCAAGAACCCACUCCUGCAAAGGCCCAGUGCUAUUCAAACUUAAUGUCAUGAGGAAGCAGUAAGAUCCAAGCUACUAAAACUCAAAGUCAUACGACAAAACCCAGAAACUCACACUCAUUGUUAUAACCUUCCUGUACCACUGACCUCAAAGAUACACACCCACCAUUAGGGUCAUAAACACAAAAAAAAAACAGACCCAAUUGCACAAGAUUCAAUGAAACAAACUCAAUGCAAGGAUCUAGUGCCUUAAGGCUGAAUGGUAUAAGAUCCAAUGAUAUAGAACUAAUGUCAUAAAACAGUACCAUAGACUACGCUCUAAGACAAAUGCCGCAGACACAAUCAUAUGGACUCCACUGCUUCCCUUUAAAACCAAAUAAUAUGGACAUAGUGUAAUAAAUAUGCAAAACAAUAAGUCAAAAUGCCUUAACAUGCAAUGCCAUAAGAUAUAAUCAUAAAGAUCCCACACUUGUAAGACCAAGUGCCUUAAGACCCCAUAGUAUGAAGCCCAUGCUGUAAAGAUGCAAUGCUAUAAGUCAAUAAGACAUAGUCAUAAACACUUCAAAGUGGGGUUGCUGUGAAACCAAAGACUACUGUACAAGACCUGAUGCCCCAAGAUCCAAUGUAACUGCCCCAGUGUCAGAUCUUUGAAUUCCGAGCUCAUAAACCCCAGGGCCAUCUAAAGUCGAAGCCAGAACGAUCCACUUCCACAAACACAAAAUAUGAUAUCACAAUGUUGUAAAAUCUCAUUGUCAUGUGGACCCAGGGUCAGAAGGGCUCACUGUCACUCCACUGGAAUUAAUCAGAGGGACACUGUUCCUCCUUGUGGUACCAGGAGAAGCUAUUACAAAAAGCCAUACAAGUUUCUCCUCAAACUGAAUAGAAGGGCCUUCCUGGUUUUUGUGUAGAUAUUGGAGCUCAAGCCCAUUCCUGGUUAGAUUUGAGUGAGCUUGUCCGAUAACUCCAAACGAAGAAGUUGACGGUAGAAAUAUCGUAAUGUUGGCGAUGCAAAAUAAACUUCUG